AUGGGUUUGCUUGCGCUCGGCACGGCUCUGGAUUGGCCAGACGCCAAAACACAUGCGCAUCAGGUCAGGGAAUGGGGUAUCAAGCAAUUGCUUGAGAUCUGGAAUAAGGCCAAGCACAAGGAGCGAGAUGCCAUGCUCUGGGGUGACGAGGUCGAAUACCUGGUUGUGACAUACGAAAAGGAUGAUCCAAAAGUCCUUCUCUCGCUCCGUCAAGCAGAUAUUUUGAAGGCAUUGGCCGCCGACGAGGAACUGGCAGCAAAGGGUGGUGGUGUGCCAGCCAUUCAAGACCAGAAACAACAGUCGAAUCCUCUCCCGGUCUUCCACCCUGAGUUUGGUAGAUUCAUGCUCGAGGCCACACCGGGCAAGCCCUGGGGAAUAGGAUUCAAGGAACUGCUGGACGUGGAGCCGGAUAUGAAGCUCAGGAGGAGAAUUGCAAAGGACCAUAUGAAGUCUAACGAGUACCCAAUCACGCUCACCACGUUCCCCCGGUUGGGUGUCCCGGGCGUGUUUACAGAGCCUCACUAUCCCCCCUCAGGAUCAAAGCUGCGUUCGCAAUUUGUUCCGGAUGAAAUUGCCAAUCCCCACAUUCGAUUCCCGACUUUGGCCGCCAAUAUCCGUUGGAGGCGAGGCAAAAAGGUUCAGGUAAAUGUGCCAGUGUUCCAUGACAAGAACACGUCAAACCCCUGGAAAGACCCAACCGUCAAUUAUGAUUUGCACAACUGGCCAGAAGACGACGAUGUUCGGAAUGGUGCCAGUCCAGACAACUUUAUUCACAUGGAUGCUAUGGCGUUCGGUAUGGGAAGUUGCUGCUUGCAAAUAACCUUCCAAGCCAAGAACAUCACCGAAGGCCGGAAAAUGUAUGAUCAGUUGAGCCCUCUUGGCCCAAUCAUGUUGGCUCUAACGGCUGCGACGCCUAUAUACAAGGGCUUUCUCGCCGACACUGAUGUCCGCUGGAAUCAAAUCAGUCGAGCCGUUGACGACCGCACAGAGGAGGAACUUGGAGAAAAGCCCCUGAAAGACAGUAGAUGGAGGAUACCAAAGUCGCGCUAUGCGUCAAACUCGACGUAUAUCUCGACAGACAGUCGACUGAGACCAGAGUACAUGGACCCCAAUCUUGUCAUCGACCACGAUAUCAAGCAACAACUCAUGGAUGGAGGCAUGGAUGAUCGCCUGGCAACCCACUUUGCUCAUCUCUUCAUUCGUGAUCCAAUCGUUAUUUUCAAUGAGGACCUCAAGGAGUUGGAUAUGACCAAGGCCGAUCACUUUGAGAACAUUCAGUCCACCAACUGGCAACAUAUGCGUUUCAAGCCCCCACCGGCAGGCAGCGAUAUUGGCUGGCGUGUCGAGUUUAGACCGAUGGAGAUACAGAUUACCGAUUUCGAGAACGCAGCCUUUGCCGUUUUCAUGGUCCUCAUUACGCGGGCCAUUCUCUCCUUUGAUCUAAACUUUUAUAUCCCCAUUGCCAAAGUCGAUGAGGGCAUGGAGACAGCUCACGCACGGGAUGCCGUGCUAGAAAAGAAGUUCUAUUUCCGCAAGAAUCCCUUUCCUACCCGGCCGACGCGGAGCGCCAUGGGCUCGGGGACGAGCACGCCCAUGAUCAGCCGGCCGCCGACGCCUACGGGUCCCGUCGAGGACGAGUACGCCUUGAUGACCAUCAAUGAGGUGAUCAACGGCUCCACCUCGGACGAGCACGACUUCCCCGGUCUGAUCCCCAUUGUCGAGAGCUAUCUGGACUCGGUCAACGUGGACGUGCAGACGCGGUGCGAGCUCGACACGUACUUGAACCUCAUCCGCCGGCGUGCCAGUGGCGAACUCUGGACGGCGGCGAAAUGGAUUCGGGACUUUGUGGACAAGCAUCCUGCCUACAAGCACGACAGUGUCGUUGAUGAUGAGAUCAACAAGAGCCUCAUUGAAGCUGUCAUUGACAUUAGUGACAGGGAGCAGGUCGGCAGAGGGUGGGAUGGGCUAGAUGUUCCUAAUCUGGACCGACUGCUGAACGGUUUCAGGGGAGGUUGUGGCGGUUCCAAGCGGUAG